CGCCCUCCGCGCAUCCUCCCAGCUUCUCAGCGCACAGCGGUGUGCGGCGUUUGAACGACAGCAUGCAGUGGAGAGGGCGGCACGACGGGGAAGCGGAUUUCUGACAAGCAUGAAGGAAAACUCCCCAGUUUUUGCCCAAAAUUUCUGGACGCCGCGUCUGUUUCUUGGAUAUUUUUCGUCGCUGAGUCGUAUUGGAGGGGUACUCUGCUGGUGUCACUAACGGUCCACCGGUUUACUUUACCUGGCUCAGCAGGUCUGCCUUUAGCUAAAACAGCGGAUCCCCUAAUCACCUUAUACCUGUUGUUUAUGUUUUGGAAAAAUUGGGGGAAAAUGUGAAUCAAUUUCUUUCCCAGGAGGUAGCCAAGCCCCAGUCGCUGGCAUCUGAAACAGCUGGGCCGUGUCGUGAAGAUUGUGGUUUCCCGUCCCCCCCCUUUCGUCUCACGAGCCCGUUUUGCCAGUGACCUUAUAGGAAAAUGCGCAACGAUUUAAUCAAUACAUGAUUUUUAGUCCAAGGAAGCCCAUUUUCCGACAGAAAAGUCCCCCGCUGCUCACACAUCUGCUGGAAUAAAACGGGGGAAUAAAAGAAAAGAUGGAAAACGAGGUUUUCGCCCCAAUGCUGGAGCAGUUCAUGCUCACGCCUCUGGUCUGCUGGGUGAGGACGGUGGGGCAGCUGAAAGCCAGCGAAUCCAACAAAUUGUCGGAAUAUAUAGAACUGGUGGAUGGGAUUUACCUGAACGAGAUCAUGCUUGAGAUAAACCCUAAAGCUGCUGUGCAGAGGACCAACAAAAAAGUCAACAAUGACCCCACACUGCGCAUCCAAAACCUUUCCAUUCUCAUCAGACAGAUAAAAUCCUAUUACCAGGAGAGCCUCCAGCAGCUGGUGAUGAUGCCUUUGCCAAAUGUGCUGGUGCUGGGGCGAAACCCUCUCUCUGAACAAGGUCUAGAUGAGAUGGGAAAACUUUUGUUGCUGCUUCUUGGCUGUGCUGUACAGUGUGAGAAGAAGGAAGAGUACAUUGAGCGGAUCCAGACUCUGGAUUUUGAGACCAAAGCUGCUAUAGCAUCCCACAUCCAAGAGGUGACUCAUAACCAGGAGAAUGUGAUGGACCUCCAGUGGUUGGAAAACGGAAACGUUCCCCCUGAAGACUUGGACAAUCUCUCCAGAAACUUGGCUUUCCACCUCAAACGGCUGGUGGAUGAAAGGGACACACAGCUGGAGACCAUUGUGGAAUUAACCCAGGAGAGGGACUGUGUACAGCUAUCCCCACUGGCCUCUUGCACGUCCCAGUCUCCUGGAGACUCCCCGAGUAUCAGAAGAACAGAAAGUCGACAGCAUCUUUCAGUGGAACUGGCCGACGCCAAGGCUAAAAUCAGACGCCUACGGCAGGAACUGGAGGAAAAGAGUGAGCAGCUUCUGGACACCAGACAGGAGUUGGAGAACGUUGAAGUGGAACUUAAGAGACUCCAGCAGGAUAACUAUCAGCUGUUAUCAGACGCGCGGUCGGCUCGGGCAUACCGAGAUGAGCUGGAUGCACUCAGAGAAAAAGCCAUACGAGUCGACAAACUGGAGAGCGAUCUUUGCCGGUAUAAGGAGAGACUCCAUGACAUUGAGUUCUUCAAGGCCAGAGUGGAGGAGCUAAAGGAGGAUAACCAAAUAUUGCUUGAGACCAAGACCAUGCUAGAAGAGCAGCUAGAUGGUUGCAGAACCCGGUCUGACAAACUUCAUCUCUUAGAGAAAGAGAAUCUGCAGCUUAAAUCAAAGAUUCACGACAUGGAGAUGGAGCGUGACCUGGACCGUAAGCGUAUGGAGGAGCUGUUGGAAGAGAAUCUUGUGUUGGAGAUGGCCCAGAAACAGAGCAUGGAUGAGUCCCUGCACCUGGGCUGGGAGCUAGAGCAACUGUCAAAGACACCAGAGCUGACUGAGGUCCCACAGAAGUCUCUAGGAGAAGAGGUGAAGGAUCUGACCUCAAGUCGACUCUUGAAACUGGAGAAAGACAAUCAGGCUUUACUGAAGACUGUGGAGGAGCUCAGAGGAGCAGGCAGUGCAGAAACCAUAUCAAAGCUGGCCAAAGUCAACCAAGAGAACCAGAAACUAAACCAGAAACUGGAGCGACUGGAGAGUGAGCUGAUGGCAGAUAGAGAGUCUCUCCGGAGCGCAGAGACGCUCAGCAUGGACCUGAUGAAGGAGAAAGCUUUACUAGAGAAGACUCUAGAAACUCUAAGAGAAAACUCUGAGAGACAGCUGAAGGGUUUGGAGCAGGAAAACAAGCACCUGAGCCAGACUAUGUCAUCCCUGCGUCAGCGCUCCCAGGUCGGAGCGGAGGCCCGGGUCAAGGAUGUUGAGAAAGAAAAUCGAGUUCUUCAUGAGUCAAUCUGCGAGACGACAGCCAAACUGAAUAAAAUAGAGUUUGAAAGGAAGCAGCUACGUAAGGAUCUUGAAAUGAUGAAAGACAAAGGUGAAAGAGCAGAGGAGCUGGAGAUUCAGAUCCAGAAACUGGAGAGGGACAACGAGAGCCUUCUAAAAAAAGUUGCCAGCCUUGGAAUCACCUGUGAAAAGGUAUCAUCUUUGGAGAAGGAGAACACUGAACUAGAAGCUGAGGGCCGCCGUCUCAAAAAGAAACUGGAUGCUCUGAAGAACGUAGCUUUCCAGCUAGAGGCUCUGGAAAAGGAAAACUCUCAGUUGGAACAGGAAAACCUGGAGCUCCGGCGCUCAGCUGAGAGCCUGCGGUCAGCGGGGGCCAAAGCUGCUCAGCUUGAAGCCGAGAACAGGGAGCUGGAAAGCGAGAAGAGCCAGCUGAAGCGCAACUUGGAGCUGCUCAAAGCCUCUUCUAAGAAGACUGAGAGGUUAGAGGUGAGCUACCAGGGCCUAGAUACGGAGAACCAGCGCCUGCAGAAAGCUCUAGAGAACAGCAGCAAGAAGAUCCAGCAGCUGGAGGCUGAACUGCAAGACGUGGAAACGGAGAAUCAGACGCUCCAGCGAAACCUGGAGGAACUCAAGAUCUCCAGCAAACGACUUGAGCAGCUCGAACAAGAGAACAAGAAUCUGGAACAGGAAAGCUCCCAGCUGGAGAAAGACAAAAAGCUUCUGGAGAAGGAGAACAAGCGGCUGAGGCAGCAGGCUGAGAUCCGGGAUUCCAAGUUGGAAGACUGCAACCACAGAAUCUCCUCUCUUGAAAAAGAGAAUCGAACCAUGGGCAAGGAGAUGAUUUUCUUCAAGGACUCCUGCACAAGAGUCAAAGAGCUGGAGAAAGAGAACAAGGAGCUGGUCAAACUGACCAAUAUUGAUAAGAAGACACUGAUGACUCUCAGAGAAGAGCUUGUCAGUGAGAAGCUUCGCACUCAACAGAUUAAUAAUGAUUUAGAGAAACUGACGCACGAGUUGGAGAAGAUUGGGCUAACCAAAGAUAGGCUGCUUGAUGACGAGAGCUCAGAUGACAGGUUUAAGUUGUUGGAAAGUAAACUGGAGUCAACUCUGAAAUCAUCUUUGGAGAUUAAAGAGGAGAAAAUCGCCUCUCUGGAGGCCAGACUGCAAGAGUCCUCCAACCUCAACCAGCAACUGCGGCAGGAACUGAAAACAGUAAAGAAAAACUAUGAGGCGUUGCGUCAGAGGGAAGAGGAGGAGAGGAUGGUUCACAGCUCCCCCCCUAAAGGAGGCAAAGACCCACAAACUGACAAUAAAUGGGCGAAAGAGAGCCAUGAAGCCACCAGAGAGCUGCUGAAAGUGAAAGACAGACUCAUUGAGGUGGAGAGGAAUAAUGCAACUCUGCAGGCUGAGAAAGUGGCUUUGAGGAGCCAGCUCAAACAACUGGAAACUCAGAGCUCCAACCUGCAAGCUCAGAUAGUCGCCCUGCAGAGACAGACUGCCUCUUUACAAGAGAACAACACAAUUCUACAGACCCAGAAUGCGAAGCUGCAGGUGGAGAACUCCACGCUAAGCUCGCAGGGUGCAGCUCUCAUGGCCCAGAAUGCCCAGCUGCAGAGCCAGCAAAGCGGCGUGGAGGGAGAGCGAGAUGGAGCACUUAAAGACAAAGAGGAGCUGAGAGCUACUUAUGAGCUGCUGCUCCGAGAUCACGAGAAGUUGGCAGCACUCCACGAAAGGCAGGCAGCUGAAUAUGAAGCUCUAAUUGGGAAGCAUGGUGGCCUGAAGACCUCGCACAAGAGCCUGGAGCAACAACACAGGGACUUAGAAGACAAGUACAAACAGCUUUUGCAGAGAAAGGGGGAUCUGGAGGAGCUGGAGAAAAACCUGAGAGGACAACAGGAUAAAAUGGCUCUUGAAAAAGAGAGUCACGAGGCCACAGCUGACCAGUACAAAAUGCUUAAAGAGGAGAAUGAAAGAUUGAAUUCAAGCUAUCGUCAGCUGUUGAAGGACAAUGAGAAUCUUCAGCUGGAUCAUAAGAGCAUAAAAAGCCAGCUGAACAGUGCCAAACUGGAGCAAACCAAGCUGGAAGCUGAGUUCUCUAAACUGAAGGAGCAGUACCAGCAGCUGGACAUCACCUCCACCAAGCUCACAAACCAGUGUGAAUUACUAAGCCAACUCAAAGGAAACUUGGAGGAAGAAAACCGCCAUCUGUUGGACCAAAUCCAGACCCUCAUGUUACAGAAUCGCACACUUCUGGAACAAACGAUGGAGAGCAAGGACCUGUUCCAUGUUGAGCAAAGACAAUACAUCGACAAAUUAAAUGAGCUGAGGAGGCAAAAGGAGAAGCUAGAAGAGAAGAUCAUGGACCAAUACAAAUUUUAUGACCCUUCACCACCACGCAGGCGUGGUAACUGGAUCACUCUGAAGAUGAAAAAGCUAAUAAAGCCGAAGAGUCGGGAGAGGAUGCGUUCCCUCACGCUGACUCCAUCUCACUCAGAAUGCGGUGACGGUUUCCUGACGCUUCCCAUAGACAGCCAGGACAGCUCAUCUAUCGGCUCUGGCUCCAACUCGCUGGAUGACACUCUGAAACAGAAAAGUAGCAUCAGGAGGAGAGGGCAGCAGUCCCAUGCCCAAGGGCAGGGUUCCUCCAAUGCUAUAAAAAGGUUGCCUUUCAUGAGGAACAGAUCCAAGGACAAAGACAAGGUCAAGGCCAUCUACCGGCGCUCCAUGUCCAUGAAUGACUUGCUCCAGACGAUGGCAGUGGCAGGUGCUCCAGGUUCACAGUGGCCUGGCAGCACCGACAAUCUGGACGGGCCUGAAGCCACAGAAGCUGGGGUAGUGAGCAGCAGCAGGAGAGGGGGGAAGCACAUGAAGGAGCUCGCCUUUUCAACUAACGCCAUCGACUGCGCUGCCCUGACCCUGCCCACUGCAGGACGCAGCAGAGCCAAGAACCGGCUUCAGGUCAAAGGUAAUAUCUCUUGCGAGGAUGUUGCUGGUUCUUCAGAUGAUCCUAAAAGUCAAGGCCUGCAGGGGUACAGCAGUGCACAUGCUCUGUGUCCCUCUCCUGCAGAGCCCAGCGUUUUGUGCAGAGUACCCUGUAGCAUCUGUACCUCCAGACCCUCCAGUCUUCAUAGCAACAGGACCACCAGUAGCAAUAGUCACAAUCACUUGUACCUCACCUCUCCUCUGGAGGGCAAAGGUACACUGAAUGGCAGCCUCAGCCGGCCUCACAGUGAGAGCAGCGGGGAGUUCAGCCUGAGCCUCGACCAGGAAGUGUGGUCCAGCAGCGGCAGCAGCCCCGUCCAGCAGCCCACAUCCUCCCGCUCCACCCACCAGAGCCCCCUGCUGGCGCGCAGGUCUCUGGAGCUUCCCAGUGCCGGAGGCAGCCUGGGCCAGAUGCAGAUCAAGAAAACAGCAUCCCCCAGUGAGGUGCUUUCCCUGCAGCAGUUCCUGGAUGAGGGGAUCGAUCCUGCAGAGUCCGGAAGUCAGGAGAACCUCACAGUGGAUUCUCCCCGCCUCUCCACCUCAUCUGAGCGUGUGCCUAAAGAGCGCACCUCUACCAAAGGCCGGGGGAUCAUGCGCUCCUCCAGUGGGAAAGCGGCGCCAGUUAGCACCGACCGCCCAGCGAAAUCCUUCGGGCAACCGGGUCGGCCGAGCCUGAGAAAGGCGGAGAGCACCCGCGUCAAAGGCUCGGCUCCGGUCCGCUCCAGCCUGUCUUCACAAAGCAAAGCUACAUCAGUUUCUGAACGCCUGGACUCCACCUCCUCCACGCUGCCACGGGCCAGCAGUGUCAUCUCCACAGCGGAGGGUACCACGCGCCGCACCAGCAUCCACGACCUGCUGUCCAAGGACCACCGCCAGCCAGUGUCUGUGGAUGCUUCUUCCUGCUCUGCCUCCCCCAAGGGUGGGGUCAAGUCCCAGCCGACACCCAGUGAGUACCACCCCAACAGCACCCGCCUAAAGCCACCCCUCACCACAGUGGCCCCCAUGCCUAAGUCAGUCAGCUUGCCCUGCCACAGCCUGGAAGACUCCGACUUCUCCACCCUGGAGUCUUUUUUUGGUCCCUCCUUCACUGUAGAGUCCGUGUUCAUGGACUCCAUCUUUAGUGAGUCAGCUGGCAGUACUCUCCCCUUCCUGUCUCUGAACCCCACCCUAGUCAGCAACAUCAGUGGGCCUCCUGUUACAAAUAAGAGCGCCCCUCCUGUUUCAAAUCAAAACCAGGCUGCUCCCAGCCAGUCCAAUGGCCCAAUGAGAUCCAGUUCAGCAAACAAAAAGGAUGAGGGCUCUGAUCCCAGUGGUGUGAAUGAUCUGGACCCGAGUCCAGAGGACAACCAGUCCCUGUGGUUUGAGUACGGCUGUGUGUGACGGGCGAGCAGGUUCCUCUCCUGUUGAAUGACUCGCUGACGGGGGAAAUCCUUCUCUGCAUGAGUUUCCCGCAUUAUUUCUGUUGUUUGGGUCACUUCCUGUCUGACAUGGUGCUAAAUUCUGACUUUUAUUUUUUUCUAUUUGUUAUCAAAUUGGAACUUUGAUGGAACGUUGCUCACACCUUUUUGUCAUGCUUUUAAUUUUAUUUUGUUAAAAUCUUAUUGUUUUACUGAACAAGCGUAUGCUAUUAUCUGCUGCACAGACUUCAGAUGACAACACUUGUACUUAAACACAUUGAUUUGGAAGAUUCCCCCAAUUUCUUUUCAAAUGUAAAGGUAGCUAUAGGAGGUUUCAAUAAUUGAGUUGAACAUCAAAGCCCACAAAAGCUUUUUCUGUGACACUGAAGUCCUGCAGAGUGUCAGAUAAUAGAUUCACCUUCAGUUUCCGGUUCCUGAUGUUCAGAUUGUUUUUCACUGUUUCACUGCUGACUGAUUUGCAUGGCUUUUGUCAGUCUGACCUGAAACACUCAUUCGAUCCCCGCGGUCCGGAUGAGUGUCACGUUUGUCACUUUUUUGUUUGGGUUGAUGUGUGUAGUUCUUUUUUGUUUUGUUCAUUCUGAUUUAUGAUGUGAUGAAUCUUUGCUGACCUCUGUAGCUGGUGAUCUGAUGGGAAAACUGAAAAACCGAUCACAGAUGUCUUAAGUCUCAAACUCAAUUAGUAUUAGUUUUUGGCAGCUUUAGAGAGUUUAUAAGACAAAAAGUGUUGGAAGCCAGCUUUGGUUUAAGACUUUUGUCCGUUAAGGGUGAGAACGUAUUUUCUAAUGUUUAAUCCUAUUUAAUCCUUCUGAUGCAUCAACACUUAUUGAUGGAUGUUUGUUCCACAGCACUGCUUUUUUUUUUAAAGCAUCUAAAACCUUAUUUAUUUGUCACUUUUUGUGUUCCUUUAUGGUUUGGAACUGUCUUUAUUGUACCUAUCUUAUAUAAAUCUAACAAAAAUGAAGGUAUUCCCGUCCCUGUACAGAUGUAACACGCCCAUUGCCUUUGUCCUACAGAUGUGGAGGGCAGAAAGUCUAAAAGCAGGAGCGGCGAGCCGCAGCACGGCUGCUAAAACCUCGCCCCUCCCACUUUCGUCUGUGUGCUUCCGUGCUGUGAGCGCGUG